AUAAACAGCGGUGAUCGGCAAAGCCUAACAUUCACUCGCAUCUUCUGCCUUAAUCUAGCAAUCUUUCUUGUGAGAUUUGAGUAGCAUAAGAUUUCAACAAGUCAUGACUUUCAAAGCUUUCCUUUUGCUGGGCCUUCUGUUUGGCUCUGUGGUUCUCAUCUCUUCCACUGUCGCAGCUGAGACAUCCAAAGAUGAGAAGAAAGUGGAUGAGGCACAGGAAGCGAACCCUGUAGAUGACGCAAAACCAUAUUGCGGGUGUUGCACUCGUUAUGGCCACUAUAGAUGCGGCCCACAAUGUUGUCGGCAACCUGAAGCUGAUGAUCAGCCUCAAGAAGUAGGCGAUAGCCUUGAAACGAACCGGCCUGACGGAUAUGGAUAUGGCGGAGGAGGCUACGGAGGGGGCCGUGGUGGCGGUGGCUAUGGAGGCGGGGGCCGUGGUGGCGGCUAUGGAGGAGGGGGCCGUGGUGGUGGCUAUGGAGGAGGAGGCCAUGGAGGCGGCGGCUAUGGAGGAGGUGGCCGAGGGAGAGGUGGUGGAGGAGGCGGCUAUGGCCGAGGCGGUGGCGGUGGCGGAGGAAACUGA